UUUACUCUUUGUUAUCUAUUAAGUAUACAAGCAUGUUUUAAAUACGAAUAAUUUGUUGGUUAAUCUGUGAUGGUAAUACUGAAAAAUAAGAAAUAAAAUUUAAAAAAAAAAUGAAUUAGGACAGGAAUAGCCUACAAAUAGUUGUUUGUAAACAACCAAAAAAUUGAACAGAAGUGUUUGAAAUAGUUACAUUUGACGAAAUGCUCAUCACUUAUUAUGGACGAAAUUUACCAAUUUUUGAUAUGUGUAAUAAUAUUUCAUUGCUGUGCAUUUUUCUUUGAUACGUUUUUUAAGACAUGUUUGCACCUGCCGUACUUGAGCCUUUUGCGGAAUACUGGACUUCAAAUUCAACCAUUCAGGCUUAAUUGGUACACUACUGCAUUUAAUAGAUUGAUUCAAAAAUGGGGAUCAGUGAGACCAAAAGUUCUCUUAGCUUGGUUUUCGGCUGGAUCAUGGGUGGCUAUAUUUCUAAUGCCUAUUGCGGUUGUACUACUUAUUCGUUCAAUAGUUUUAGUUUUAAAGGAUCUAAUUCAUGAAGAAAAGUCUGUGUUUACAAACAUUGGUACACUACAGCCACUGGUUCCAGGACUUAACAUUCCUUUAUCAGAUUUAGGCUAUUACAUACCUUCUCUUCUUAUCUGUACAAUUGUACAUGAACUGGGCCAUGCUGUAUCAGCAAUAAGAGAAGAUGGACGGGUGAGUGGUGUGGGAGUGGUAGUGGUGGUCUGUGUUCCUGUUGCAUAUGUGUCACUAGAGAAUGUGGAACUGUUAGCAUCAGUGCGGCAGCUGCGCGUUUUGUGCGCAGGAGUUUGGCACAAUGUGCUGCUGGCCCUCAUAGCCUUCUGCACCACUUUGGCUGUACCAUGGCUGCUCCUCCCUCUGUACGAUUGGGGCAGUGCUGUUCAAAUUCAAGAUAUCCAACAGGAUUCUCCUGUACAUGGAAUUGGAGGUUUAGUGGUGAAGGAUUUAGUAGUACAAGUAAAUGAUUGUCCUGUACAAGAUGUUGACAGCUGGCAAAACUGUCUGGUUCGGUCUGUUCGUCUAACCACACCUGGAUACUGUUUACAUUCAGAGUUUAUAAAGGAGCAUGAUGAGUCAGUGCCUGCUAGACACUUAUCUGCAGGGAUUGUUGAAUGCUGCAGCAGCAACGCACCUCGACAUCUUUGCUUUGAGUACUUGGAGAGUGGUGAUGAACCAUUACAGUUGCCACAGUAUUCAUGUUUGAAUGCACGAACUGUUAUUGAAUAUUCAACCAGCUUCUGUUAUAAAACUCAAGACUGUGAGACAAAUCUUCACUGUUUUCGCCCUUCUUUGGAAAAUGUAACUAAACUUGUUAGCAUUAAGACAAAGUCCGGGAGAGCUGUACUAUUUCUAGGGCACCCAGCAGAAGUUUUCCAGACUGUUAGAGUUAGCAACUAUAUUAAUCUUUAUUCCCUGUUCCCUUCUUCACUUCCAGAGAGAAUAGUAACAUUUUGUAAUUACCUCAUGUCAUUCUCUAUUGGAAUGGCACUUUUGAACAUAAUACCUUGUUUUUAUUUUGAUGGCCAGCAUAUUAUUAGAACAUUAAUGGAUAUUUAUCUAACAAAACAUAUUGAACAUUCAAGUGUGAGACAUGCUAUGUCUAUUUGUUUAACAUUUUUGGGAACGUUUAUUUUAAGCUUGUACUUAAUUUUAGCAUUCUGGUCAACAGUGAAUUAAGUUUAUAACCCUAGUUCAGUGAGUAAAAUUUAUCUAUUUACCAGCUCAAAAGUAACUAACAUCUAGAUGGAACAGAGAAGCAUAAAAUUAAUGCAGGUGAUACUAUUAAAUAUUAGUAUGCAAUUAAUAACUUUUUCUACAAAUAUUUCUCUUGGAAACAACUGUAGUAUCUUUUAAAUAAAAAAACAUAUACAUAAAAAAAUAAAGACAUAAUACAAUGUUCAAGUGGCUAUGUUGAAGUACAUUAUAGUGCAUAUUAAAGAAAUAUCUUAAUAGAUUAGAAAAAUCAUCAAAUCAUUUAUAAAAUUAUCUAGUUAUGCCAUUAAUGUAUAUUUUUAUUUUGAAAAUUGUUUUUGAGUUGGAAAGGUUUUUGCAAAAUUGUAUAUAGGAAAAUAUGCUUUUGAAGAAAUAACCACAAGGUUGACUAAUUUGAAGCUAUUUUGUCUUUGUAGCUAUAAAGCAAAAUAUUUGCUCACAUCAAAGAGUAAAUUAGAAUAAUGAAAAUAUUUGUAAUAGCUGCUUUACCUAAUUAUUCAGAACUUUUAAAUUUAAACACUCAUAAAUAGUACUUGACGUAUCAUCUUAAAACUUUUGCAUACGUUUUUAAGUACUAUAGAAAUAGAAUUCAUUAUUGUACGUAUAUUUGUUGUGUAUAGCACAAUUAAAUUAUACCCUACUUCAAACAA